AUGGGCUGCGGGGCGGCCAAGGCGGCGCCGAAAGCCGAGCCUCCUGCACCGGCCGAGAAAGAACGCGGUCCCCCACCAGAGCAGCAGCCUCGCGCGGUCGCCUUCGACGUUCCCCUGGGCGACACGCCGCCGGCAGCGCCGCCUGAGCGCUUUCAGAAGCGAGCAGCCGACUGCCCCACGGUGACCGCCGAAGCACUGCGCCAGAAGCAGGCCAAGGCAGAGCAGAGGCGCCAGGAGGUGUUAGAAGAGCGGAUCCGAAACUCGAAGAUGUUCUCCGAGAAGGCAAUGCCAGUGACGGUGACAUCACACGACCCCUAG